AUGGAGGAGCUUGCAUAUCACCUGGAUAUCUUUGGACAACAACAGGGUCUCUACAAGCUGUACACUCAGCUAUGUCUCUGCUUCCGCAUGAACGAUAGCUCGUCACAUUCAGAUAUUGUCGAUACUUUGACGAAAGGGCUCGAGAAACUAACCGCCAGCUUUCCGUGGGUCGCGAGCCAGGUCUCGCGCGAGGAAGCAGAUGAUGGCGCCAUGAAGCUUUACCAAAUGAAGCCCUUCGAAAAGACACCCCGGCUGGUGAUCAAGGAUCUCAGAGAUGGAUCAUCGACAUUGACCAUGGAUGCUCUGCGUGAAGUCAAUUUCCCUUUCAGCAUGCUAGACGAGUCCAUUAUUGCACCUGUCAACACAUUGGCAGCAGGCACAGAUGGUCCGGCGCUGGUUUUCCUGGUGCAGGCCAAUUUCAUCCCUGGCGGUCUACUGCUCACCCUGGUGACACAGCAUAAUACGAUGGACAUGACUGGCAUGGCUCAAGUCAUGCACCUACUCUCCAAAGCCUGUCGCAACGAACCAUUCACAGCCGAAGAAAUAUCCAACGGCAACGUCGAUCGACGCAAAAUCAUCCCACUGCUGGACGAGACAUAUACACCAGGGCCUGAACUCUCUCAUCAGAUCGGGAAGCCUCCUGCACACGAAAGUGCAUCAAUUGCCGCGGAUGGUGAUGCUCCGCAAUCUCAGCCGCAAUCUCCAAAGUGCAGCUGGGCAUACUUUAUAUUCUCUGGGACAUCCCUCACCAUUCUGAAAUCGCUGGCAAUGCAAUCCCUCAACGGUAAAGUGGCCUACGUCUCGACCGACGAUGUCCUGAGCGCGUUUAUCUGGUCAUCGGUAGCCCGGGCCCGUCGUCCUCGCCUGCAACCUAUCGGAGAGGUAACCUUUGCACGGGCGAUCGAUCCACGGCGAUACUUGGGUAUCCCUGAUACAUACCCGGGGCUCGUUCAGAACAUGACGUACACGGAAGAUUCUCUCGAAGGGCUGCUCAAUGCACCUCUAGGUAGCAUCGCCUCGAAACUCCGAGAAGCCGUCGACCCUUCGACUUCGAACCUGGCGUACGCAACCCGGGCACUUGCGACAUGGCUUCACCGCGCACCGGAGAACAACAACGUCAACGUGACAGCAACGCUGGACCUCUCUGCCGACAUCAUGCUCAGUUCCUGGGCUAAGUAUGACUGCUACGACCUCGAUUUCAACCUCGGAUUGGGAAAGCCAGAGGCCGUUCGUCGACCACAGUUUGUGCCGGUAGAGAGCCUGUUCUACCUGAUGCCCAGAAAGCCCAAUGGGGAGAUUGCAGCGGCGCUGUGUUUGAGGGAGGAGGACCUGGAAAGGCUCCGGAGGGACGAGGAGUUUAUUAAGUAUGCCGUCUACGUUGGAUGA